GCAGAGUCCAUAUCUUGGAAGACUUACGUUAUCCUUUAAGCCUCCUUCAGCUAACACAACAACAAUUUUUUUGCACUUAAUGACGCUUAAUUUCAUUUCUUAUUGGGUCCUUGGGGGGAUUAUUCAUUCAUAUAAAACAAUCUGCAGCUGGUGUCAGCCUAAAGUCUCCCUCCUAUGAGUGAAGUCAUCUAUUAUUGAGCGAAAGGCCGUGCGUGGAAAUGUGUGUAAGACGGUGGAUUUGAAGUAGAAUUGGUUGCAAUCGAUCAAGGGUGAAGAAUAUUCCUGAUGGUAACAAAAGAAGCAGCUAUGUCUUUCUCGCAAUUUGGAUACCCUUACAAUGCAACUUCACAGUUUUUCGUGUCGGCAAACCCCAGUACGACUUGCUGCGAUUCGAUUUCCAGGUCGGUCUCUGACGGGACAGGCACCUCCCAGACCGCCGCUGCCGCCGCCGCUGCCUCCUUUUGCUGCCCGUCCUACGAGAACCGGCUCUUGGCAAGCAGCCGGACGGAGCUGAACGCAGCGCUGGGGAUGUACAGCUCUCCCUACGCCGCAGCGGCUGCAGCCAGCCAGAAUUACGCCAACUACUUCCCCUACAGCACCGAUCCAUCCGCUAUCUACUCCACUCUGAAUCCACAGUAUGACAUUAAGGACAGCACAGGCACUUUACACUCUGGCAUUACUCAAACCACUGCAUACUAUCCUUAUGAUCACUCGCUGGGACAGUAUCAAUACGACAGAUACGGGACAGUAGAUUUUAAUGGCACAGCCAGAAGAAAGAAUGCUACACGUGAAACCACCAGCACCCUGAAAACAUGGUUGUAUGAGCACCGCAAAAACCCCUAUCCCACCAAGGGGGAGAAGAUCAUGUUGGCAAUCAUCACCAAAAUGACACUCACUCAAGUAUCCACCUGGUUUGCCAAUGCCAGGAGGAGGCUUAAAAAGGAAAACAAGAUGACCUGGUCGCCAAAGAAUAAGGCCAAUGAUGGAAAGGACGACCUUAACAAGAGUGAGCAAGAUGGUGUCACCAAAGAUUCUAAUGAUUGCAAGGAGGAGAAGGAUUUGCAUCUGAGUGAUUUGGAGGACAUGGAUGAGGAUGAUUGUGACAAGCUGGACAGUGACUGUGAAAAGGUGGCAUCAGAUGAGCAUGAGCUUCAGCGGACCAUGGCAGGAUCAGGAGCUCCUCAAAAAAGAGACUGCACCUCUGAGCUGCACCUGAGUUUAACCAACAGCUUUCACUCUUUUCCUUGUGCCAUCAAGAAUGUCACCACACUUCCUCCUCUCCCGACUGACUUCCUGGAUCCUGUGGUGUCCAAAGCACCCUCCUCAGGUGGCCCAGCCACGGGAACUGUGUCCCUGUCUCACUAUGAAGCUUCAGAUAAGCCACGGAUUUGGUCUCUGGCUCGGACGGCAGCUUCAGGGGUCAUUUUGAGCUCUCAGCAGCACGGCUCUGAGCUGAGGACAGGCAAUUCAACCGGGGACUGCCAGCUACAGAGCACCAGACUUAUAGGGGCUCCCACUGGACAGUGUGGAGGCAUUAGAGGCCUUCAUGAAUCUAACAGUGUCACCAGUGUUGAGAGCCCCUUUCCCGAGGGCUCAUCCUUGCACUCAAAGGUCUAUGGCACUAGUAGCUAUGGUCCCAAGGGCCUCCAACUUCACUGUUCAUCCUAUGCUGCACUCCCAGACACAUGUCAGUACUCCACCAUUGAAGGAUUCUCCAGUGGCAAGGCAGAGACACAGUCAUCUGACCUCAGUGAAACCUGUGGGACUGUGCAGGAUGACAAGGUCACUGCAUUCAGACCAGUGAUGAAGAGGUGAAGCAGGUCGCUGGAGAUAUACCAGAAUAACUAAUGGGACAUUUAUUAUGCACUAAAUGACACACCGGCCAACUAGCGGCCUCAGUAUGACACAUGGGAACUACCUGGCGCUGCUGCAGUGUGAGCUGUCAAACUGUGGACGUGGCUAUCAUUUUGCACAUUGUUUUUAUGGUGUUAAAGACUUUAUGCAAAAAUCUAGAUGCAAAUGUGUGACUGGCCGAAUAAAAACGGCCGGAUUUGUGUAUGGCAAUUGUGUAGUGUAGCAAACUUAUUUAUUUCUUUACGUAUUUAUUAUUUUAUGUCGUCUUUUGGGUUAUUGUUUAACGUGUUUAUUGUUAAUUGGUUGAAUUUGUAUCUCUUUUAAAUAUUUCGUUACACGUUUUUUUGUUUGGUUUUUUUUUUUUUUUUCGUUUUCUGUGGCUUUGUGUCAUUUUGUCAGGUGUAAAAGAGAAAUGCUUCUCGGACUCAAAGCUGGCGAUAAAGGAUUGGAUCCGCUGUGGACUUGGAAAUAUGUUUUGUCCCUGUGUUAAACUGUGAGCUUCUCCUGUGUUUGCCAUUCAUGACAUCUUUUCUA